AUGAUCGUCUGGAUUCUGGUCGCGGGGCUCCUUUCAGGAGACGUCACGGCUUCGGAAGUCGGCUAUGAGCUCGUUGAGGUCGGUUUUUGGGUUUUGGAAAGGUUCCCUAGAAGACAAAGUAAAAGUUGAGAAAAAAGAAGAUGAUUUUUUGAAAUUUUACGAAUUUCAGUACAUUUUCCCAUGUUCAGAAGUGUGCUAUGAGCUUUUUGAAGUGGGUUUUUUUUAUUUUUAUGUUUUUUGAAAAAGCUUCUAUAGAGCUAAUUAUGGAAAUCAAGAAAAAAGGACGAUUUUUUUUGGAAUUUUGAAAGAAUUGACCUUAUCUGGGUGAUUGGAUUUUUUGAAUCUGUUCUGUUUUAAUUUUCAGAGUUUUUUUAUUUUUAUUUUUUUGAGAUAUUUUCUGAUUUUCAAUCCAUUUCAUACCUUCUCAGGCUUUUCUGCUCUUUUCAAACCUUAAUUUCCAGGAAAAAGCCGAUUUCCGACAAUUUUGCGAACGCUAUGUUGAGUGUGCAGCGGUGGCACUGCUCGAAGAACGAUUAUGUCUAGGUUGAAGAAAUCUCCAUUUUUCAAACCUCUGAAAUGUUAAGGUAACUCGAGGAUGAGACCUUUUUGGCUGCCCGCCAAGAGGGAUCCAAAUAAUUGCCAUGAGAAGCUGAAGAAUGACUAUAUUGCGGUGAGGAAUUUGAGAAGAAAUUUGGAAGAAAGGGAAAAAUUACAGCUCGAGAGGCUGGAAGAAGAGUCGGAUUCGCAGAUGAGCGCCUGUCUUCUGGAGAAUUUCGUCCCGUUGGACGGAGACAAGGUUUGAAGAAGUGGGCACUUGAGGGGUUUGAUUGAGGAGCUUCUUAAUGACUUUUCAAAAUGCCCUUUUUGAAUACACGGUAAAGUAGGAAUGGUGGCCGCUAGAGGCUCAAAAAAGGCCGCAGAAAGGCUGCAGAACAGCAGCAAAAAGGGUCCCAUUAUCGAGCCUUCCAUAUUUUCUGGGAUUUUAAAGGCUCAAGAAAUGGUGUUAACAGAAAGAGGGAGCAAAAAUGGUGCAUAAAGACCGUAAAAAUUGCGCAAAAAGACAGCAAAAAAAUUUCUAUGGAGCCUUUUUCCACCUUUUUCCGACCUUUUCUAUGUAUGUAGAUUAAAAAGCGAUUUUUCGUCAUCAAAUCCUGAAUCUCGAUUCCUUUUUCUUUCCCACAAAUCAGGUCGAAUUCUGUAAUAAAAACCCGAAUUUCAAAAAUUCUAGGUCAUGGAAAAAAUCAUUUCAACAGAAAAAUAUUAACGCCAUCAUUUUUGUCAUCUCAUCCGAAUCCUUAUCGACGUCGAACUCGAUGAAUCAGAAUUGAAGAAUGUGAGAAACCGAGACAGUUAGCUAGGCGAGAAGGCGGAAAAAAGGGAAAUGCCAGGUAAAUAGGUCAAAAUGACGGCGUCCAGGGGAAAAAAGGCGCUUAUCUUGUGUUCAUUCAGUGUUGGUAGGUCAGUGUGCUUUGGGGGAAAUGGGUCGGAAAUUUGAGUAAAAAAGGGUAGAAAAAUGGUAGGGUUUUUUAAUGGGAUUUUAAAGGAGCAUAGACCUAUUUUUAAAACGGGUCUCCAGACGAAAAGUUGUUUUUAGUCGGAAACUUGAGUAAAAGACUAGAAAAAUGGUAGGGUUUGUUUCAAAAUGAACUUUUUAAAGGAUCAUAUAAUUGUUUUUAAAACGGGUCUCCAGAGGAAGAGCCGUUUUUAACUAUAUAAUGGUCAUGAGAGGCUUCUGUGCUUUCAAAAAACCUUGAUAAUGAUUUUUUGAAUGGAUGAAGAUGGACUGAAUUUAAUUUCGAAGAUUUUUUGUUAAAAUUUUGGGUGAUGGCUGAUAUUUUGAAGAAAGGGAGCUCUAUCGCCAAAUUUUGUAAUUUUUCUAUUUUUUUAAAAUUUUAUGAGUAACAUUACUAGCUGAGACUAAAACAUUCCAGAUAUGAAAUUUUCAAUUUUUCACCUGCAGACCUUCUUCGAGUCUCGUUUUGAGCUAACAACCUUUUUUUAUCUUCAAAAGCCCGAGUUUUCAGCAGGAAUCGUGCACAUGGCAGGUGCUGGAAAAAGCGCCACGAUUCACGGUGAAACGUCGCUCCAUCGCACACGUCCCGACAAAUUGCUUCGCCGGCGUUCAGAAGCGUGUCGAGAGAGAGUGUGGGCCGUUGGCGGCCUGCUGCAGCUCUUUGGCCAAGUCAAUUUUUCAGAAAAAAACUUUUAAUCAAUCAAUAAAAUAAGUUCCGAAGUUAACACGUUUUUAGGAUUGGUCCCUGAAGGCGUUAUGGAAAACAGAACAACCCAUGUAGAAGUGAAAUUUAAGCGAUCCCUAUAGGGUUUCAGGGUCUUACUCAUAAGGUCCUGAAGCUCAAGUGACCCCUUUAGGUACUUCAAAUUUCCUCAUAUAGCUCAUGGCAAUGAUAGAUUAGCAUUUCCCGUACAGAGGCAUCCAACUAAAAUUCCUAGGCCAUUUUUGCCAGCUUCAGCGGUCCCUAUAGGGGUUAGUGAAGUGGUCACUAGAGGGGACUCUCCAAAGGCUUUUAAGGUUGUCCUUAUAGGGACCACUCUGGAGUUCCUUUAUUAGGAAGUUAAUAAUCGCUAUUUUCACAAUUUUCUUCAAAUGUAUUCCUAGCUUUUAGAGGUGAAAAAUUUUUUUAUCUAAAAAAAUUAUAUCGACUUUUUCUUUUCUUUGAAAUUCAACCUUCAAAAACACUAUAAAAUCCCGAUUCGAAGUCGAUGACUCUCGUUGGAAAAACCAGCAAAAGGGAAAAAAGAACGAUUCGAUUUGAUUUGCAGAUGUACGUCGUUGAAUUCCGAAUCGAAUGUGCAGAAAAUCGCCAAAACGACGAGGGAGAACAUGCGAAAAAGGGCCGCCGACUGCGAGGUUUUUUGAAAAAAAUGUUGGAAAACGGAAAAAAUUGAUUCGAACUUUGUGUGAACUUGAGGAAAAUGCAGUUAUCGGGGGAUAAGAAAACAAGAAAAUCGAACCUUUAAAACGAAAAAUAUUGGAAAUUUAGAAAAUUUAGAAAUCUACUUCUGAAGAAGAGACUGUUCCUGUACAUAAAUUUAUCGACUUUUUCAAGUUUUGAAACCAUUUUUUUUUUACAAAGGCCGUCGUCUCACAAAAAUUCGACCUUUUUGUGAGUUUUAGGCCAAAAAUGAAGUUAUCAGAGGAUAAAGGAUCAUUAUUAUUAAUUAAAGGAAGAAAAAUUGCGCUCUAAACCAAUAUUUUCUAAAAAUUUAGGAAGCUUCUUCUGAAAAAAAGACUGUUUCUGUACAUAAAAUUUUUGAUUUUUCAGCGUUUUAAAGGUAUUUUACAAGUUUCGAAACGAUUUUUAUAAACACAAAUAAAAAAAAUGCCACAAUUUCUAUCGUUAAUCAUUUAGAAAGGCCUCAACGUCGUCCCGCUCCAACUGGAGCACCUCGGUUUUUCCUCCGAUGAAAAAAUCGACGAUUCAUUGGCCCCGUUCAAAAAUCUCAACGUUCGCUUCCAUCACAACCCUUCCAAGUCAGAUCCUCAAAAAACUAGUCCGACUGGUUUGAACUUGGGAGUCUUCCAUAGGGAAUGAAAGUUUAGGUUUGGUAAAUGUAAGGUUUUCGACGGGAAAAGAAGACGUCGAGGGCAAGGCGUCACGUCUUCUGAUUCGCAAAGGCGACGUCUCCGAAGAGGAGAAGACGCCGAGUUUGGAUUUUCCUGAAGGCGGAGAUGCCAGAAUUGUAGGUUUUGGAUGAGUUUUUGUCCAACCUGUCUGCGUCUCUGUUCCCUUAUCGAUGAUCGAUGAGAGAACAGAGAGCCCAGAGAAGUUAGACUGUCACAAUUUGGGGCGAAUUAGGUAAAGUACUGAUCGAAACAAUAGUUUUUUUUAUCUGAACUGUCUGCGUCUCUGUUCCCUCAUCGAUGAGAGAACGAAGGGUCCAGAGAAGUAGGACUGUCCCAUUUUUGGCGAAUUAGGUAUAGUACUGGUCACAAGAAACGCUUAGAAGUGGACUAAUUUUGAAAAAAAGCUUUUCGUGUUGGUAUUUUUGAGUUUCCUGUCGCACGUGCUCCUUAAAAACCCUUGAAGCAGCUUUUUCAUCAGUUUAUGUGUUUACUCUUUCAUUCCAAAAGCAAGCGCAAAGAAAAAUUAUUGGCUCGUAAAGUUUAAUGUUCCCAGGAAAGUUUACCAUAAUUAAGCGCAUAUUCGAUUUUUUGACGUGUUUUAUAUUACUUUGUAUUUCAUUCGAUCGCUUUAGAAGCGCUAGAAGUUUAAGAGAACCUGAGUAUUUCUGGAAUAAAGCGAAUUUUUCAACCCUUUCUGUGAUAAUUUUGAUCUUUUUGAAUAGAAAGUUGGUUUUUUUUUAUAAUUUUUCUAUUCUAGGGCUUCUCAUUUCUGUGUCUUUCCAAUAAAAGUUUGCUGAAUUUUAAGAAGUCACCGAAAGAGAAGAUUGGCGAGCACACGGUCUCCUUCACAAACGCCCUCAAAAAAACCAACGAUUACAAGGAAAAGCUCCGGAAAUGGGAUCGAAGCAAGCAAAUCAACCAGGAGCUCGAUUCGCUUCUCGACGCUGCUCAGGUAAAAAGAAAAUCCUGCUUCGAACUGGAAAAUCUGAUUUUUCCUUCAGAUCUCCACAGUUCUGAGUGGUUUCGUGCCGAUGGGUACCGUAACCCCAUCUUCGUCUCAAGAAACAACGCAUUUGGUUCUCUCCAACCCGGUGAUCAUGUUCCCGAAAGAGAAGAAGGAGAAAAAGAGCCAGCAAUGCGAAGUUUCGAAAUCCGAGAAAUUGUCGAAGAUCCUGGCUCUACUCGGAGAAAAGGCCAAUUCCAGCGAUAUGCGACAGGUUUUUUAAGGCUUUUGGGAAGUAUAUUAUUGAAUUCUAGAUUCGAACCUUACUUGUCGAAUGGGAAUCGGAGCAAAAGAGAAGGUCUCUGACGGAAAAGCAGCAAAAAUAUGUUCAUGAGGUUUGGAAGAUCCAUGCGACGCGGUCGCGAAGCGUUUAUGAAGGAAAAAAUUGGCGCCAAUUUGAAAAAUCGAACAGUUUUCCAGUGUUGGACAGAAAAAAAUAUGAAUAUUUGGAAAGCUCUCCUCGACCGCUCCGCAGCCGCAACGCGCCCCAUUUUGACGCGAAAAUGAAAAUUUUUGAGACGAAGGGAUGCAUUAGAAAGCCCCAGCAGCCCCUUUUUUAACGCUAAACUAAUGAACAUCGGUGAGAAGAGACUGUUGGGAAUGUAGAGAGCUUAGAGAAAAUGAGAGAUUUUUUUUUUGAACCGCGACGCGUUCCUUCUCUGGCCCUAAAGUUGAAAAUUUGAAUUUUUCCGGGUUCCUUUUCUCGUUCAGAAGAGAGACAACGUGAGGCUUAGAGAGUGUUAGAAAAACCUCAUCGACCGCUCUGCAGCCGCAACGCGACCCCUUUUUUGGCGCCAAAAUGAACAAUUCAAAUUUAUCACUGCGUAUGAUUUUCUCAGGAAAAGAACAUAGAGGAGACCGCAUCGCAGCCGCAACGCGUCCUUUGUUUGCCGCCAAAAUAAACUAUCUUAUUGAGACGAAGAAUUAGAGAACUCAGUUUCUCAACCGCUUCGCAACCGCAACGCGUCUAAUUGUGGCAAAUUUAAAAGGAAAAUUUUUUGUAUUCAGGUUGAAAAUGCGAUGGAAGAGCUGCUGAGAAAGUUUGACAAUAUCGAGGCGUUGAGGAAAAAUGCGACCUUAGGUUUGUGAUUUUUCAUACCUUGCUUCAAUGAAAUUAAACUGACAAAAUAAAUAAUAAUGACUUUCAGACGAUUGCCAGACGCUGACUGACGAUAACGGGGACACCAUCGUUGUACAACGUCUGUACCUUUGCGGAUGAAACCCAUCAGAAAUGAGUUCAGAAGGCGUGCCGACCAUCGUCCUCGGCAACGUCGACGACGUUCUCAAGGACUCGAAAAGCGUCGAGAUGAAGUCGUUCAUCAGCGACGACUACAAGAAGGAGAUCGAGGCCUACCGCAAGGAGCACCAAAUUUGGGGCAACCCUGCUAAUGUUCGUGCAAAUAAGAUUUUGAAAGUUCCAAGGCUAUCAAAUACUUGUAUAGCCGAUUAACGGCUAAGUUGAGACUUCAAAGGCGUGUCUGCUCUCUCCGCCAGUCAAGCGAUCUCUCUUUUCUUAUCGUGUCAGGACCCUUUUUUUGAUGGCUAUUGAAAAAGUCAAAAAUCGUUCAAAAAACGGAAGCUCAGAUAGUUUUCAAGUUUGACGAUUAACUUCUCGUUCUCUAAGUUCACUUUGAUUAAUUUUUGAAAAAGUUCUCUAGUUAGAAUUUUCAACGUUUUAAUUUUUCAGACAACUAUUCGAAACGAGACAACCUGCGACAUGUACAUGAGGUGCCGGAAUCAGGUAUUCCUUGUCAAAUUUUCUCGGAGCAAAACUGAAUUUAGAUGAAUUUGGCCGUAGACAGUUGUGCGUGGCGAUUCGCUUCCGACAAAUUACUGGCCACGAUGGCGGAAAGUGCUGAAAGUCUUCUAUAUAAGGUCUUCAAUGAUCAUUGAAUCCUCAAAAUAAGGGUCUUAAAGCGAAGCUUACAGUAUCCUCACUCGUCUGUCUAAAAUUGUCCAAGCCUGGUUUUUGAAGAAUAAUAGUUUUAGGACGACGCCAUGUGUGCCGAAAAUGACGAAGAAGCCUACGUUCGUUUGUACGAGGGGAUAAUUUCGAGGAAUCGCAAGCUUCGCUUGUGUUUGGACAAGAGAAACGAGAAAUUCGUGGGUUACUUAUUUCUUGGAUUAAAACCUUAAGACGUUUUCAAAAUAAUCGACUCAACAUAAAGCUGACUCACGGCUGGCUUGAGCCAUCGAGAAAAGGGUCCUGCCACGAAAAGAGACGAGACAGUGCCUUGGUUGGUGGAGAGUGCAGACAGGCCACGCCUUUUUGCGUCUCAAGCUAGCCGUGAGUCGUCUAUAUGAUAACUGUUCCACUUUCCUGAUCUGUAGCUCGUAAAAUGAAUUGAAGAAUAAAUUGGACUUUUGAGAGUCUUGAAGUAUAGUCUGUGUGCCACGACUUGAAAUUUCACGGAACGACAUUCCGCUGUUCCGCUGCGUGCGUUCGCGAAGCGUCUUUCCAAUCUAGGUCACGCUUUCAAUUAAUUAUUGUUGCAUGGGAGCAUAUGAAAGUAGAGUACCUCGAUUAAAAAAAAAAAUUAAAAGCGUGACCAAGGUUCGCAAAGGCGCGCAGCGGCACAGCGGAAUGUCGUUCGGGGAAAAUCCAAGUCGUGGCACACAGGCUAUAUUACUCCUUUAUCAUAAAUUCCUUCAAAUUUCGUUCAGUUUGAACAGUCCGUCUGCAUGGCCUACAGCAAAAAGGAGCAAGUGAGCUACGACGAGGCGAUGGUUCGGCUUCUGUUCGCGGAAUACAAACGUUCGUCGGACUGCUUCGACGACGCCAACCUCAUCCAGACCAAGUGCAUGAAGCUCCGCGAGUGCUGCCCUAACUUCGACAAGUUUGAAAAGAUCUAAUUCUCGAGAAGAGUUGCCGAGAUGAAAGCGAGGUCUCUGGCGGUACAUUUGCAACAUCGCGAAAGUGCUGCUUUUUCUUGGCGCGAUAUCGCAAACUGGGCAUUUUUAAUAUUUUUUGAAUGCGUUAGGAUAGCGAGAGGAAUGCAAGUCCAGCGCAAAAAACGGUGCGUCCGCGAGGUUAUCGCUAUACCGCAAGCGAUAUCGCUUUUCUCCCGCGCUGGACUAUUUUAGUGGAUAUGGACUUUUCUUUUUCUCCAGAUGCCGCGAAGAAACGAUGGACUCGGGCCAGGAGAUGGACAUCAUCAGCACGACGGCCCACAUAAACGAGCGGAAGCACGAAUGCAUCAAAAGCCGCGCCAAAGACGCCUUCAAAGUCGGUUGGCUUCCAAAAAAAAAAAAGAGAACAAAGCCUUUUUAAGCCUUUCUGCCCGGUUUUUUCAAGGGUCUUCUUGAGUUUCUCCAAGGGUUGCGAAAGAUUCUUCAAAGCACCUUUUUUCACUUUUUUGAAUGAUGAUAGUUUCAUUUGCUUUUUAGUUCUUCUUUCAAUUUUCUUCAAAGUUUCUUUGUUCGAAAGCAAAUCCAAGAAACAGCCCGAGAAAAGCCUUUUGAAGGUAUUUUUCCAAAAAAGUUCUUUUUUAGGCUCCUAAUACACUGUGUUCAAUGAUAGAACCCCCAUCCUAAAAAAAUCCGAAGAUUCAAUAUCCUAGCCCUUUCUUUACUAGAACGCCAUCAAAAAAAUGAAUUUUUGACCGUUAAAUUAAGAUAGGAUCACCUGGGAAUUUCAACCUUAUUUCUUCACUAGCGGAUUUACCAUUUUUAUAUCAUUCGGGCAUUAGUUUCCAACCUUUAGCUCUUCGCCUCCCAGUUCGAAAAAUUUUGAUUUUCGGCGUUCAGAAUGAGAUCUUUCUUGACUUUUUUCUUUUCAGGAGUUUGAGAGAUUCGUGUUGAUAUAGCGUUAAAAAGAAUAUGAAAAAUGAUGUUUUCAGCAAGUGAUCCGGGAACUGCUGACAAAAGGCGCCAAGGAGACUUUGGAAAGACUGAAAGGCGGCCGCUUGGGAGUCGAAAUCUCGCGAGGCGCCCGGGUCGUCCGCAUGAUCCAACACCGAGAAUAA